AGGAAUGUAAGCGACAAUGCAGUGCACAAUAUAAUACUGCAGUACGGCAGCGGCGACUUUGCCCUCUUUGCCAUUUACAACUGCAUACGUGUUUCGUCCUUGUUAACAGGGCGAAGACAUUACGAGUGCAUAGGGUUAGGCUUCUUGGUGUGGAAGACGCUAAUACGCGACAAUCAUCGUUAGUUCAGUCCCGGUUGGUCUUUCUUGUCACCAGUAGCCAUGCUCAAGAAGGCAGCUCAGCUGACCGCUGUUGCUCUGCGGGGAGCGGCUUCGCCUGUGGCGGAGGCCAGCUCGCAGCAAGUCCGGCGAAUGGCUGGCGGUGGCGCUAACCUGUACCACCGGAGCUACAAUGGCAAGCCGGUGCCUCCCGAGCUGCAAGGCCCUGACUACGUUACGUACGCCGGAGCUACCGUAAAGAAGGAGUUCCAUGCCUUUGACACUUACCUGUCAAAGCUCAUCGGCGCUAUGGCCACGUUCACCUGCCUGUACCACUUCGCCAUCAACGCUGAGGAGCACUGGCACGGCGACAUCUACUUCUUCGAGAAGGACGUGCAGCAGAACGGCUGGGACGACGAGCACGGCCAUGGUCACGGCCACGGCCACGCCAAGGCGCACCACUAAGCACCUUAGGGGUACUUUAAGAGGAGGCAGCGGCAGCUUGCAAUGCCGUGUCUGAUGCGCUACAUACAUCCUCCUCAGCUGGCGGCGGGGCCCAUGGCCCUAACACUUCAGCAGCAUGGAAGCGAUGAGGGGAAGCGUAGACAUUGCAGAUGCACAGCUGAAAGCGGAGCCGAAAGCUGGAGGAAGGGUAGUGCUGGGCGCCUCUUGAUGCCGGGGGUUAUCGGGAAGAGAUGGAGGCAACUGUAGGAUGAAGAGGUCGGGGAGUAUGCAAGGACACCAUGCGCGUUAGCGGUUGUCAUGGUUAACAGUGGAGGGACCCGUUUACAGGCGCGAAAUCCUGCUGUUGCCGUACUUGGGUACGCAUCCUCGGCGUGCGUCGUGCGGGUUCUAUGGGGAAGCUUAACAACAUGGCUCGACAAAGUGUAAUAGCUAUGACGUGUGUUAUACACUGAUCACUAACAGCUGUAGCCUCCCAAACAAUGUUUACAGGCAACCUCAGCCCUCACUUGUAGCACGACAUAUUGGAUGUACCAAGCUUCAAACCGCCUCUCGCUACCUCCUUGCCCCAAGUUCUUUGUAAGGAAUAUCACAUGCGUAUGCUAAGGACUAU